AUGUCUCGUCCUCCGGGGAUUCCGGGGUUCGGAGCCGAGACUCGGGGUCUACAGCGGGCUACCCUCGGCUACAGCGGGUCGCUGCCGAACCUGGCGGCCGAUGACCGCUGUGCUGAAAAGUGCGUUGGUGAUGCGUUUCUCAAACUUGGGGAAGGGAAAUUCGCCCUUGCGCAGUUUUCAACAUGA